CGCGCUUUGUGCUGCUUUGAACUUCGUGGCGAUAACACCUCACGUUUUGGUGAAGCUCGUUGAGCGUUUUUCUAGGCGAACCGCGUUUAUCCUAAAUCCAUUUUUCAAUCAUAAUGGGCGUCCCAGCGGGUGAUGUUGAGAAGGGCAAGAAGCUGUUCGUUCAGCGAUGCGCUCAGUGCCAUACCGUUGAGGCUGGCGGUAAGCACAAGGUCGGACCGAAUCUGCAUGGCCUCUUCGGCCGCAAGACCGGUCAGGCUCCCGGAUUCAGCUACACCGAUGCCAACAAGGCGAAGGGAAUCACCUGGAACGAGGAUACGCUGUUCGAGUACCUGGAAAACCCGAAGAAGUACAUCCCAGGCACGAAGAUGGUGUUCGCCGGUCUGAAGAAGCCAGCGGAGCGCGGCGAUCUGAUUGCCUACCUGAAAUCCGCCACCAAGUAAACCUAGAUCCUCAAAUGGUGUCCUAGAUUCAGCCAAAACACUGCUAAAAGAAACACACAAACAGCAAUGGUAACAGUGCAGGCUGUUUCCAAACUCCCAAAAAUUCGAUAGUACCACCCUUAAAUUUGGACAGAGUAACCGAUCUAGGCGUCACAGCAUCCUCCGGAUAGAAGUUUCCCCCACACGAUUAGGACAAUUACUAUGUAAAUCUAUUUAAUUUAUUUUAUGCUAGAGUUAACAUAGUUUGACGAAUUCGUUUUGAUCGACCAUAGCGCCGGGAAAGAUUAUAAAUCGAUCGAACUCGGAAAAAAGCAGACCUGUUCGAUACUACGAUCGAAAAUGGUCCGCAUCGGAUUGAAUGAUUGCGACUUUCGUUCAGUUCUGAUUUCAAACGUGUAGUAUUAUCACUAUCAAAGAAAACUCUACAAACCAACGGCAGAGAUGUGACGCUGAAUAAAACACGGAAACCAAAC